AAUGUCCGAAGCAAAAGAAAAUAUGGAGGUCAGCAAAGCUGAACAGGCGAUUUACGAUCGACAAAUUCGUUUAUGGGGAAUGGAAGCUCAAAAUAAAAUCCGAAACUCUAAAGUUUUGAUUAUUGGUGGAAAACAGCUUGGUGCGGAAGUGGCAAAAACUCUGUCACUCGCUGGUGUUGACGAGAUGCAUUUAGUUGAUCAUCGGCUUGUUGAUACAGAAGAAAUUGGUAUGAAUUUUCUCUACGACGCUUCGGUUGAUAAUUCAAAGAUGACGAAAUGGGCGGCAUCAUACAAUUUUCUUUAUAAUUUGAACCGCAAUGUGAAACUUUUCAUCGUCGAGGAAGAUGUUCUAUCGAAAAAUGAUUCGGAAAUCGAAGAGUAUUUGACUAAAUUCACGUUGGUUGUUGUUCUCGACGAGAGUUACGAACGUACUGCAAAAGUGAACAAUAUCUGCCGUAAACACCACAUCAGAUUUAUUUCUGGAGCAAUCUACGGAUGGAUUGGCUACGCAUUUUUCGAUUUCGAUGGCCAUGCUUAUUUAGUAAAAGCUAAAAGCCCGGAUUGCUUGAAUGAAGAAGAAUCGGAAACCGGAAAGACGAGCACAGUGGUUACGGUAGAUGAAGAAUUCGUGCUUGAAACGUUUUCAUAUCCAUCAUUUGUCGAAACGCUCAACUCUGAUUUCACGGCGAAGAAAAUUGUGAGAAAGUGCAAACGGAUCGUUCCAACAUCAUAUUUCCUCGUGAAAAGUAUGCUCCGCGCUUCCAGCGAAAAUAAACUUACCGGAGUCACUGAAAACGAUAUUGAGAAAUUAAUUCCAAUCUGGAACGAGGAGGUGGCCGCUGGAAAUCAUACCAUCGAUAUGCAACCAGUUCAACCCGAUCGAUUUGAUCAUUUGUUCGGACCAAACUUUGGACCAACAGCAGCAUGUGUCGGUGGAGUAAUUGGACAAGAAGCUAUUAAAUCAAUUUCGGAAGGAAAGAAUCCACUUCGCAAUUUGUUCAUCUAUACCGGCUUCGAAUCAACUGGUUUUAUGUGCAAUUUCCCACCAGUAUAAUUUAUUGCUUUCAUGGUUUUCUGUUGGCUUCUUUUCCGUUCUCAAAUCUCAAAUUUUCAAUCUCAUUUUUAAUUUAAUUUAUCACUUUCAUCAAUUUAAAACUCAAUCUCUCUGGUUAUUCAUUUUAUUGUUAAUUCUUGGUGUGAAUAUCGGUGUAUGACCAAUGGUUUAUGAACAAUGAUAUCAUG